AUGCAGUCGGACUACGACCAUUCCUACUACUUCAUCUCCAGUUUCAUCCAGGAUCACCUGAAGUUUCACGCCUCCUUCCUGGAUGGGGUCUUGCGAUGGUGUCCAGAUCCGGGAUCGUUCCUGGCGCCCAGCGUCUACUCGGUGGAAGCUUGCAUUGAUAUGAACCCGGGCUCUAAAAGAGGGACCCUACCCCAGUUGAAAACUGUGGCAGGGGCCUGCAUAAGAAGGGUCUGGAUCGCAAUGAGCACAGGCGAGACAAAGCUCGAGGAUGCGGAAGAAGCGCGCGAAGAGGCCGCGGCUUCCACCGGUGCUCUGCAAACUGUGCAGAUCAUCGAUGGCAGCCCAAAGGAGAUCGACUCUUUGGCCGCCGUGUCCCUGCCAGAUGAACUCGCGCUUCAAUUGGUCAAAGUGAAGGUGUCCCCCCCACAGGCCGGGGAGGUGCGUGUGCGCCAGGUGGCUGCAGUGCCCUCCCGAGUAGACCUGCUGGCCGAGAAGGAGAAGCCAUACCCUCGAAUCCUGGGCCUCGAGUCGUCCGGCAUCGUGGAGGACGUAGGCGAGGGCGUUGUCGAGUUUCAGCCCGGUGACCACGUCAUCCCAUGCUACCAAGCACACUGCGGCGAAUGCGGGGGCUGCAAAACACCGGAGUCCAACGUCUGCGAGUCCGUCCAUCACUCCACAAGCCGUGGGGUGAUGGUGGCUGAUGGCCUGCCGCGGUUCUCCUACGGCAGCACGGACGUCUACCACUUCCAAGGCACCAGCGCCUUCUCGGAGUACAGCGUGGUUCACGCACACUCCCUCAUCAAGGUGCGGAAGGACGCCCCCUUAGCCAACUUGGGCCUUCUGGGGGGCGGCGUGGCCGCCGCCCUGGGGGCAGUCUGGAACGUCGCCCGCGUGCAGCGGGGUGCUUCUGCUGUCGUCUUUGGGGCGCAGGCUGAGGGGCUGGCCGUCAUUGCCGCGCUGGCAAAGGCGGGAGCUGAGAAGAUUGUAGCCGUGGAUCCAUAUUCUUCAAGGCUCGACCUUGCCAAAAAAUGGGGGGCAACCAAUCUCCUCAAUCCGUAUGCCCUGCCGGAGGGGAUCAGCGUCAAGGAUGAAGUCCUCAAGGUCCUGGGCUCCCCGGCCGACGUUGCCUUCGAAUGCAGGGGAGACACGAUGGAGCUUGCGCCUUCAGUGUUAGAGGUCGUUGCAGACUGGGGCAAGUGCGUGACGGUGGGUACCCCAAAUGGUCCUGAUGUCUUGCUCCGGUCGCCCUUGCCGCCACCAGGGGGUCUCAACAGCGUCGCAUUUGGAGGUUGGCGCUCAAAGCAGCAGAUCCCUUUGCUGGUGGACCUCUACAUGGCUGGGGAGUUAAUGGUGGAUGAGUAUGUCACGCACGAAGCACCUUUCGAAGACAUCAACGACGUGUUCGAGAACUUCGAUGAGGACGUGAGAGUCCGAACUGCUCUCAGAUUCUGA